ACUGAGUUAUACAGAAGACACAAAUACUCUACUCUCACAGGCCACACUCUUUACUCUUUACUCUUUCACACCCCUGCAGUUACUUAGAUCUUUUUCAACCUUUUUUUCAAAAUUUCCUCCGCUCAUGUCUCGCUGUCUUUUCCCCACCGUCUUGCGGCAGCAAUCCUUGUGCCGCUUGCAGUUCAGUCGCCAUCUUGCCACAGUCGAAAGCCGUCUCUCAAGUCUGCCUCAAAUUCGUUCGCCGCUCAAUCACCAUCGUCGUCUGCCGCCCGAUGAACGGCAGCAGCCAGCACGUCGCCAGCCGUGUCCUCGACGUGGACGAGGCUUUAGACGCGAGCACCCCAGAGUCCUGGAGAUCAGGGAAGUGUUGGAACCGCGUCCCAUUGCGCCGCCGCGUGAAAGUUGCGUGGCCAGCGAGCCGCCAAAGAAUCCCAAGCUGCCUGCCAAGGUGGCCAAAGGAGGUGCCACAAAUAGAGGAGGUGCAGGACAAGGUGCAAGCAACUCUGCAGGAAGCGGCGGCAACUUGACUAAACCCAUUCCAGUCACUCUCAUGGCAGGCGAUGGCAUUGGCCCAGAGAUCUCUCUGGCGGUGCUCGAGGUUCUGAAAGCAGUCAAGGCGCCGCUGAUUUUCGAACCCGUCGAUGUGACGCCAGUGGUCAAUAGCAAAGGUAUUCAAACGGUGCCACAAGCUGUGAUCGACAGCAUGAAGCGUACCAAACUGGGUCUUAAGGGACCUCUAAUGACUCCCGUGGGCACAGGAUUUCGCUCCCUGAAUCUCAUACUGCGUGUGCUCUUCAAUCUAUAUGCCAAUGUACGUCCUUGUCGGUCCCUGGCGGGUGUGGAAACAGUUUAUGGCCAGGUCGAUGUGAUCACCAUACGUGAGAACACCGAGGGAGAAUAUUCGGGCAUUGAGCAUCAACUGAUCAAUGGCGUUGUCCAAAGCAUCAAGUUGAUCACACGCGCUGCUUCGGUGCGUGUUGCUGAAUAUUGCUUUCAAUAUGCUUUGGCUAUGAAGCGGAAGAAGAUCACCGCAGUGCACAAGCGUUCCAGCAUGCGAAUGUCCGAUGGUUUGUUCAUCAAUUGUGUGCGUGAAGUGGCCAAAAAGUAUGAGGAGCAAAUCAAACAAGCUGGCAUUGAGUACGAGGAGCAGGCGAUCAGUGAAGUUUGCCUCAAAAUCGUGGCGAAUCCUCUGCAAUAUGAUGUGCUCGUUAUGCCCAAUCUAUAUGGCGAUAUAUUGUCGGAUACGUGUGCGGGUUUGAUCGGAGGUCUGGGUUUAACGCCUUCAGGGAAUAUUGGCAUCAAUGGCGCCAUCUUUGAAGCGGUUCAUGGCACUGCGCCCGAUAUUGCUGGCAAGGAUUUGGCGAAUCCCACUGCUCUACUGCUCUCUGCUGCCAUGCUGCUGCGCUAUGUCAAUCUGGGUUCUUAUGCGGACAAAAUUGAAACGGCUGUGGUCAAGACCAUCAAGGUGGACAACAUACGCACCAAAGAUUUGGGCGGCAAAGCUAAAUGUUCCGAGUACACAAAAGCGCUCAUCAAGAAUCUUGGCUAAGAUCAUUCGAUGAUCCUUCUCUAUAUUUCUACUCUUGCAAUCUUUUUAUAGGCGAACCUUUGGUGUAGAAAUUGUUUCCAAA